UUACUGCAAUUCUCAAUAUGAUAAAACAGUGAUCGGAAGUUCUUUUAAUCCCCCGUUUUUCAAGCUUUUGUGUGUAUCGUUAAGUUGGGUUUUCUAACUCGACACGGUUUUUCAUUACGAGUUUGGGUUCCAAAUCGGCGCUUUGGACUUCGAGGGUUUAAGAGAGGUUCUAGGAGGAGCGCCGCCGGAAACGCCGUCCCUCCGCCGUAUCAAGGGCUGAGCUUGGGAAUCAUGGGGAAGAAGAGUAAAUCUUCGAAGAGGAAACAGAGGGAGAGUGAAGUAGCUACAGAGGUUUUUCCUGACAAGAGUAUUGUAGAUAAAGAUGGAACAGGCGUGGUGGAUGACUUGAGUGAACCGACAAUGGGUGAAAAACUUGCGACCCUCAAGCUGGAAGAAAGCGAAAAAGCUCCGAAUGAAGAAAAUGUAGAACCGACACAUGAUGUGAAGCCCCCAAGUGCAGACUCUGUGCACAUCUUACUUAAGCAAGCGCUCCGUGCAGAUGACCGUGCGCUUCUUCUUGAUUGCAUAUCUCGGCAAGAUGAAAAGGUGAUUGCAAAUUCACUGUCGCUGCUGAAUCCUUCUGAUGUUCUCAAGUUUCUGCAAGCUCUCGUGCCGAUAGUCGACUUGAGGGGCGCCGUCUUGGCCUGUGCUCUUCCAUGGCUUAAAACUUUACUUCUUCAGCACGCAGGCAGUAUAAUCUCCCAAGAACAAUCAUUGGCUGCGCUGAAUUCACUAUAUCAGCUCAUCGAGGCUAGAGUCUCGACCUUCAGCGAUGUUCUUCAAUUAUCGUGUAGCUUGGAUUUGCUCUAUGCCGAAAGCAUGGAUGAUGGAGUGGAGGAGAAUGAAACCACGACAGUGCCUUUCAUAUACGAGGAUGACGAUGACAGUGACGACGAGGGAUCCAUGGACUCCAUGGAAGUCGAAACUGUCGAAGACGGUGAAGAGCCGCGUAAGUUAGGCGACGACAGCGAUGAUGAAGACAACGGCGAAAUUAGUGACUAAAAAUAUGGUAAGAACUUGUGCUGUCUGAGAUGCUUAUAGGAAAAAUGGGAUCUUAAGUUCCCCGAGCACGACGUAUAGAUGAAUCGAAAUCUUCUUUUGUCAUCUUUGUAAAAGAUUAUGUGUUAACAAGAGAUGAAAUUCUAUUCAUUUUCUUGA